UUAGCCAAAUUAAAAGUUGAUGGGGAUUUACAAGUUCUUUCCCUCUCUCUCAGUUGUGUUUUUCUCAUCUUUGUGCAUGCAUGCUGUUAUUCUUAACUCAUGUCUUUCUUUUUCCUUGAGUACUGAAAGUGAUGAGACGGAUAGUCUGGCCUUGCUUCAAAUCAAGGAUAGUAUAACUGAUGACCCUUCUGGAGUCAUGGCUUCAUGGAACGAAACCGUCCAGUUUUGCCAUUGGCGGGGUGUCACGUGUGGUCGUCGUCACCAGAGGAUCACGGGGCUGAACCUGGAGUCCUUGAACCUUACAGGAUCCAUAUCACCACAUGUCGGGAAUCUGAGUUUUCUGAGAGUCCUUAAUCUCCAAAACAACAGCUUCAGCCAUGAAAUCCCACCAGAAAUCGGCCGUCUGCACAGAUUGCAAGAUUUACUAUGGAACAAUAAUUCACUUGGUGGUGAAAUUCCCUCCAACUUGUCAGCUUGCUCACAACUACUCCAAAUUGAUCUCGGUCACAAUUCGCUGGUAGGAAGAAUUCCUGAAGAGCUUGGCACCUUGUCAAAGCUAAGAAUACUUGUAAUUCGCUACAACAACCUCAGAGGAAGUAUCCCAUACUCUUUCAGAAACUUAUCAACUCUUGAGGUGCUUUCUGCAUCUUCUAAUUAUUUGAAUGGGAGCAUUCCAGAUAUUUUCAGCCAGCUGACAAAAUUAACAGAGAUUCGAUUCGCGGACAAUUCGCUGUCUGGUAUGAUUCCACCCUCCAUCUUCAAUCUGUCUUCUCUCAUAAGAUUUUCUCUGCAACUAAAUGAAAUCCAAGGUACUUUUCCCUCAGACUUAGGUAUUUUUUCUCCAAGUCUCCAGUAUUUUGAUAUUGCUUCUAACCAAUUUAGUGGAACUAUCCCAGUAUCAAUAUCUAAUGCCUCAAGUCUAGGUCAUCUAGGAAUGCAAGGAAACAGUCUACAUGGUAAAGUCCCAUCUUUGGCAAAUUUGCACAAGCUUGAGAGAUUUUCUCUAACCUCUAACAAUCUAGGAAGUGGGGGACUUAAUGAUUUGAGCUUUAUCUGUGAUUUGACUAGAGCCACCAAUUUAAAACACCUAGGCGUUAAUAUGAACAAUUUUGGGGGUGUCUUACCUGAAUGCACAGCAAACUUGUCUUCUUCUCUUGCACGGUUCUACGUAAGUGACAAUAAAUUAGUAGGAAGACUCCCAAAUGGGAUUGGAAAUUUAGUUAACUUGGAGAGCCUAUUUCUGUCUAUGAACCAAUUUUCUGGUGAAAUCCCUCCUGCUCUAGGCAAGCUUCAAAACUUAUAUCAAUUAGAUUUAGCUAUAAACUCUCUUUCUGGUGAAAUUCCUUCCUCUUUCGGAAACUUAAGUCGAUUAACUAAAUUAUAUUUGGAUGACAAUAACCUUCAAGGAAAUAUACCUCUAAGUUUAGCAGACUGUCACAAUUUGGAAAUCUUGUCUGUUCCAAGAAACAAUCUCAGCGGUAUCAUUUCCCCAAAAAUCAUCGGUCUAUCAUCUUCGUAUAUUUUUUUGGAUUUAUCUCGAAAUCGUUUCACCGGUCCCUUUCCUCAGGAAGUUGGAAAACUUAUAAAUCUUGAGUAUUUAGAUAUUUCCGAAAACAUGUUUUCUGGUGAAAUUCCAUCAGGUCUUGGUAGCUGCAUAAAAGUAGAAAAACUACACAUGCAAGGAAACUUCUUCCAAGAAACAAUUCCAUUGUCUUUGGCUUCUCUAAGAGGUAUUCAAGAAUUAAACCUUUCUCGCAACAACUUGUCUGGAAAGAUUCCAGAAUUCUUGGAGAGCUUUAAACUUCUCCAAUCUUUGAAUCUGUCGGAUAAUAAUUUUGAGGGCAUGGUGCCAGCCAAAGGAGUUUUUACAAAUGCAACUGCCACAUCAGUUAGAGGAAAUAGUAAUCUUUGCGGGGGCCUAAUUGAGUUUCAUUUGCCAAAAUGCAAAUUCAAACAAACGAAAAAGGGAGGAUUAAGCCUAACCUUGAAAUUCAUAAUCUCUAUUGGUUGUGCUCUUCUUGGAGGAACUUUUGCAUUUACAUUUUUGUACCAUUGUUGUGUAAGGAGGGACAUAAAGGAUGAUAGCUCUAGUGGUUCAGAAAAAUUUAUACGGUUAUCUUACCAAAGUCUUCUAAAAGCUACUGACGGAUUCUCCUCUUCCAAUUUGAUCGGUGCGGGCAGUUUUGGAUCCGUGUACAAAGGAUCACUUGACCAAGGUGAAACAACAAUUGCUGUCAAGGUACUCAACCUUGUUCAUCCUGGAGCUUCAAAAAGUUUCAAAGCUGAGUGUGAGGCCUUGAAAAACAUUAGACACCGUAAUCUUGUGAAGGUACUCUCUGCCUGUUCUGGUGUUGAUUAUCAUGGUCAUGACUUCAAGGCCUUAAUUUACGAGUACAUGGUUAAUGGGAGCUUAGACGAGUGGUUGCAUCCAGCUCCCACAGUUGGUGAGACAAAUGAAAGCCCGAGGAGUCUAAAUUUUUCUCAGAGGUUGAACAUUGCUAUCGAUGUCGCUAUGGCAUUGGAUUAUCUACAUCAUCAAUGUGAAACGCCAAUAGUUCACUGUGACCUCAAGCCAAGCAAUGUUCUUCUCAAUGAUGAUAUGAUUGGACAUGUUGGUGACUUUGGGUUGGUAAGAUUCCUCCUGAAACUAACUGAUAGCUGUUCUGGUAAUCAGUCAAGUUCCCUUGGAGUAAAAGGAACAAUUGGUUACACUCCUCCAGAGUAUGGUAUGGGAAAUGAAGUCUGGACACAAGGUGAUGUGUAUAGUUAUGGCAUCCUACUGUUGGAAUUGUUUACGGGAAAAAGACCAACAGAAAAGAUAUUUCAAGGAAGUGUAAACCUUCGUAAUUUUGUCAAGACUGCUUUGCCUCAUCAGGUUGAACAGAUUGUGGAUCCUGUUCUGGUUCAAGAAAGAGGGGAAGGGAUCGUUAGCACAUACAAUAAUCUUAAUGGAGAUAGUACAAGGGCUUUCAUCAAUAUUCAAGAAAGCUUGAUUGCCAUUUUAGAAGUUGGUGUUGCUUGUUCUGCAGAGUUGCCAAGAGAACGGUUGGACAUUCAUGAUGCUCUGGCAGAGAUGUGUCGGAUACGAAACAAACUUUGAGCUGAGUAGAACAUGUGAAUAAAAGCAUACUGUCUAUAUGCUCCAUAGCAUGUAACACACAUUCAAGAGAAACCAAAUGUGGAAGAAUUGAUUUUGUUGUAUAUUCA